UAGGCAUGGUCGUAGGCGACGCGCGGGCUAAGAAGCGCACUGUUUUGCCUAUGGUUUCACCGGCGAUGCGGCCUUCGUUAAGUGAACGCUUCAAGAUUAUGUGCAAAUUGUCAUACGUCAAGUCAAAGACAUAUGUUUUCUGAACAGCCUUCGGAGGGGAUGUCUAAACAGUCUGAUGACUCCAAGCCGCCUGAAGGUGGCAACGCCCAGCUCUGUCAGAGCACGCCUGGAAAUCCAUUCGCGUUGACGACCACCUUCUCAUCGGGGGCCUCGACCGUAGCGAGCUGUGGCCCAGCAGCCUCGACGCAGAGUGCAUUUGGGAAUGCGAGCAAGCUUAGCUUCGGUGCAAAGUGGGAUUGCCCAGCAUCCACAGCACCCCUUUUCACCUUUGGAGCCUCUGCUGGAAUGCCGUCUGGUGCAAGCCAGAGUGGGUUCAAAGCAGAGCAGUGUUUUGGAGCAAAGCAAGGCCUCCAUGGAAUGACUGCCACGACAGAUCUUGGAAGCCAGGCGGAACAGCCGUUCAAGCUGUUUUCAUCCAGUGCUGCGUCGGCUACCUUGUUUGGGAACCCUGCACUCGGCUCACCACCUCCUUCAAAUGAGGCAACAAUGUCAUCGUUCAGUGGUGUCGCUACAUCCCGGCCAGUACUGUAUGGCAACAGUGGAAGCACACCAAUUGGAAGCUCAGCUGUGUUUGGCCAAAGGAGCACGUUUUCAAGCACCCAAGCUCCUCUCAGCGCCACUGCAAUUGAAGAGCCGGAAAAGACAGCCCAGUCAAACAUUUUUGGAAACGCGAAGGAUGUGUGUGGUCAAACGGGCGAGAAUGCUGCUUCUCAGCAGGUCAAGACUAGCAUGUUCCCCAACUUGCAAAAACUGCCAGCAGCCACGAGCUCUGUGCCACCUAGCAUGUUUGGGGUCCAGAAGCCGACCUCUGGAGCAGCAGGCGUUUUUGGCAGAGAAGGCCAGUCCACCACUCGCGCAGUCCAGCCUCUCUGUGACAACAUUGCAGAAAGGGACAAGACCUCCAAGGCCCAAGUGCAGGAACUGACCAAGGUUUCUGCAAAGGAUGCACAGCAGCCCACUGAGAAGGGAAGGUGUGCGCAGGCAUUGUGUCAGCAAAGGAGGCAUGCCACCAAGGUGACUGCAACACCUGAGGAGAUCAGCAUGCUGACUACGUUGCUGUGCAACCAUGUGCCUGCUGAGCUCAACGAUCGUGAAGUGCUGCUUGAACACUUUGCCCAGUUUGGCCGGGUUGAGCGCAUCACCUGCAACCUCAAACGCAAGUGUGCCACCAUUCACUUCACCGACCAUCAUUCUGCCGAGUUGGCCAAGAAAAGAGGGACCACCAUCUCCAAGCAGUUUCCCCCUGUGGAAAUCUUCUGGUGCUCAAAGAGGCGCCCCUCUGGUCCGGGUGAAACUCCCCCAUGCAGUUCAAGCACAGAGGUGGAACUGGCCAAGCCCUGCAUUGUGGAAAGACCUCGAGCGACUACCGCAACGCGACGCAUCCGGUCCGAGCUGGACCGAGGCUCCAAGCGGACGACAGCCUCGCGGGUCAAGGGUGGGGAGAGUGCCGACAACCUGGUGGCCAAGAACCACCACGCAGAGGAAUCCCUGUCGUCGCUACUCAGGCAGUCUGCACACAGCGUGGGAGAACGGUUUCGAGUGCUUGAUGCACGGGACAAGAUCAUCCGGCUGCGGCUGCAGAAGCAGAGUGACUUGGCCACCGCACGUGCCACCAGGGGUACCUGUCCCGACAUGUGCCCCGAGAAGGAGCGCUACUCGCGCACAGACAAGAAGUGCCUCUCCUCUUUCGAGAUCCUCCCCGGCAGUGACGGGGUGAUGGACCACACACGUAUGAUCAAGGAGUACAGCCGCUCCUCUGCCGACCAGGAGGAGCCCCUAGCUCAUGAGCUGCGGCCACCCCACGUGCUGCGACACACCAUGGACUACCUGCUGGUGCACCUGAUGGACUCAGCCUCACCGAUCUCCGGCACAGCACCAGCCGUAGGAGAGUGGUACGACUUCAUCUGGAACCGGACACGUGCCAUCCGCAAGGACAUCACGCAGCAGCACCUGUGCGAUGAAGUGUGCGUGGCCUUGGUUGAGCAGUGUGCGCGCUUCCACAUCCACUGUGCUGCUGCCCUCUGCGAGGAGGACAUGUCGGCCUUCGACCCCAAGAUCAACAAUGAGAACCUGGUCAAGUGUCUGCAGACGCUCAAGCACUUCUACUACGACCUGUCCCUACGCGGCUUGCACUGUCCAAAUGAGCCGGAGUUCCGGGCAUACGACGUGCUCCUGCACCUCACCGAGGGAGACACCAUUAGGCAGGUGCAGAAGUUGCCCGCCUGCGUGCGCUGGUCGGCCGAGGUGAAGCGUGCAGUGGCAGCAUUUGCAGCCCUCAACAGCAACAACUAUGUGCGCUUCUUCCGGGUGGCAGCCCAAGCACCCUACCUGGCGGCUUGCCUCCUGCACCGCUACUUUGGACAGGUGCGCCUGCGUGCCUUCCAGACCUUCCUCAAGGCCUUCUGCCAGCCCAACCACAGCGAGGAGUUCUCACUGGAGGUGUUGGGGCGACAGCUGGGCUUUGACUCGGCAUCCGAGGUGCGCGUAUUUGCAUCUGCCCUGGGACUGCGCACGAGUGAGCAGGCCCUGCUGCUGGACCGUGCCUCCCAGAUCCAGCCAGAGUUGAUGGGUGCCCUGCCAGUUGGACGCUCCCAGUUGCUUGUCGAGUCCAAGCGCAUCACCUCGGUGGGAGAGGUGGUGAACGGGGGUCUCCUGCCACCAGAUCCUCAAGAGACAUACCAGCCGCAUGACAGCUUCAUGCUGGACGGCACGCUACGCCCGGCAGCCUUUGACGCCACUGACCAAGUCCUGAAAUGCUGGGGGGAGAGUGCACGGAAGGAACAAGAGCCUGCCCCAGAGGUGGAACAGCAGCCAGAGCCAGGGCCAGAGCCACUUGUUUACCCUGAUGAGGUGAUCGAGGAAGUGCUGCAGGCGCUGGUCGAGGAUGUCGUGCAGCACGAGCUGGAGGCCAUAGGGCAGGACUCCGUGCUCACCCAGGUGGCCGAGCUGACAGCCACAGCCCUGCUCGAGGAAGAGACACACCAGCUCUCCAAGGCAGCUUGCCGGGAAGAGUACCUCUGUGCAGAAGAGCAGCGCCUGCAGGAGAAGCUGCUGGCCAAGCGACAAGCCCGCGAGGACGAGGAACAGGCACGGGAGCAGUUGGCCGCUGAGAUUCUGCACGAGGGCCUGGAGAGCGAGGCCAAGGACCUGUGCAGGGGCUGUCACGGUGAGGCCUUGGGCCGGUGGCAGUGGGCCCAGAGUGAGCUCAUCCUGGCCAGCCUGCUGGACGAAGUACCCCAGGAGGAAAGCUGCCACGUGGCCAGGGAUAGCCUGGCUGAGGCACAGCACGAGCACAACUGCAAGCGGGCCGACCUCUUUCGUUGUCGCUCCCUUCUGGCCACAGCAUUUGCUCGCUGGGUGGAGUUCUGUGAACGAGAGAAGCGCCAGAGGAGAGCUCGUGAGAGCUUCCCUGCAGCGCCCAGCAUGCGGUGCAACUUGACUGACCCCGGCCUCAAGCUGGAGCCACCGGUGCCUCGCAAAAGGGCCAGGAUCAGCUGGGACUGCCUGUCCAAAGGACUCGACGCAGGUGUGCUGAUGAGUGCCCUGACAGAGGAGCUAGAGCGAGCCCCACUAGACCUGGACCAGCUGCUGAGGUACACCAGUGCCAAACAGCAUGAAUUCCCAUUCAAGUUGGUCGUGUGCCUCCCAUCAGCCGACAGCGUGCAUUCAUACAAAGCACAGCAGACCGUGUCCCAUGUGCGCAGCAAACUGGGUUGUUUGCCUCAGCUGGAGGAUGCCAAGGUGGAAACCAUAGCCAGCCGCCAAGGCAGUGCCACAUCUUUCUGUCUGACGGUUGUGCACGGGGAUGACUUCUCCUCCGAGGGAUGGGACUCCAUGGGAAGGCCUAGGUUACUCUCGGGCACGUCUGCUCUGCUGCUGGUGCUGGUGGACACAGAUGAAACCAAGGACCAGUUGGAGAGGCGGCUGGCAGAGACCUUGAGGGACACUUGGAGGCUGCGCCCAGUGCCGUGCGUGUGCUUGGUGGACCUGGCAGACCCAGCGGUCAUUGGGAACGUCGUGGAAGAGGGCCACCUCCGAGGGCUCCUUCCCCAAGUGUGGCGCAUCUCCUCCUGCAGCCAAGAAAAGGUGCCUCCCCGCAAAGUGCUGGAGGAGGCAGUGUGGUGGUGUUCACAGUCUCGUGUUGUGCCCCCUCUGCUGCGGACUAGCCUGCUAAGAGACUUCGUCAGGACAGGCGUUUACCAGCUGGUUUUCGAUACCAUCAACAGUGACCUGACCCAACACGGACUGCGUUGGCAGUUCCCCAACGACAUGAUCAAGCUGUACAACUGCACGCUGGACCACCUUGCAGCCGUGGCAGCCUCGGAGCAGCUCCUUGAACUGAGCAUUGUUGCACCAGAGGUCAAACAUCCAAGGUACAGCCAAGACUGGAAUGAGCCCCACCGCCUCAAGGCACUGUGCAGGCACGUGAAGUCAUUGAAGCUAUCGGAAGUGUGCGGUGACACUUGCGAGGUGGCUACGUUGAGCAGCUACGUCGAGCAGCUGUGCGACCAGCAUUGGUGCCUCGCCCACCAGAAGGCAGCUCUGCUCGGAAGCAUUGCCAAUGUGCUCACACAGCAUGGGGAGAGCAGUCCUCGCCUGUCGUCUGCAACACCCUGGGUUGACAUCCUGCAAGAGUGCUUCUGUCAUCGCCUCUUUGGGUCCAGCUUUGAGGAUGAGGGCACCGGGGAGGAACUGGUGGUGCACUACCUACCUGCUGAGCUGGACCAGUUCAACGCAUGGGACACCUGGGUGGACAUCACGCUUCGGCCCACCAUGGUGCCCUCAACGCCUGAAACCAGCAGCCUGCUGCCAGUGAUGCCUGCUCACGUACCCUCUGCUGGGGAGAAAGAAGCGCUGCAACCUGUUGGUGGAACCGAUCAAGUGGUGGGGACAUCAGACUCGCAGCAGCUGCAUCAGUUCGAGCUGUUGCUGGCACGCCAUAAGAACCUGUCGACCUCAUUUUCUUCCCAGCUGGAAACCAUGCUGACAACUCCCAGCACUGUCUCCACACUUGACCAGGAGGACAACAAAGAAAAUGAUGUGCCAUGCUUUGGGUCUACUUGCAAACAGAAUGUUGAGGAUAUGCUUGCUGUGCUGGAGGCAAGAGUUCAGGAAAGCCGCAAGUCGUCAGCCAUGUUCCACACCUUUGCAACGACUGUACUGAAAUCAUAAAAAC